UCUACGUUUAACGGGAGGAUUAAAAUUUAUACUGUCAGAUAUUAUAACUGGUCGUGCCUCUACUGGAAGUUAUUUAUGUUUGGAUUAAAAGUCUGUACGGAUAAUUGUCGUUUAAUAAGCAUUAAUACAAGAAGUCAUAAACGGAAAUUUUACUUUAAAGCUCAACUAACUGCUUGCCUGUGACCAUCACUCUUCAAAUGUAGCAAGGUUGCAAUGAUGAAAUCCAGCACCUCACAUCAAAAAAACAUCCUUAAUACAGUCAUCUGUGUUCUACCUGACAAUCGUCCCGUCACGUCAUUACAGUUGGUUGAAGAAUUUGAAAAAUGCCCUACAAAUUUUCACCCUAUUAAUAAAACUUAUGACCAGGACCAAGAUGCCGAUUUAUGGCGCGAAAAAAUGUUAAUCGGCAAACGGACAACACGAUAUUUGUGUCAAUCCAAAUCAGAAGGGUUACCUGGUUACAUAGUAGAGACUCUAAAAAUUAUAAACGAAAAGGAAAUUAUUCCUGAGGGAUUUUCGCAGCUAACGAGAACAGCCGACACAGAACAAAAAGCAUGGCGUAAAAAACAACUUGUGUAUCGAUUAACUAAAAAAAGCUCAGCAAAACAAGCGGUAACAGAUAUUAUUUUAUGUUCAAGGAUGCGUCAGGCACCGGACGGAUUUACACUAGCUGGUGAUAUAAACGGUAUAUUGGUAUGUUUCAAAAAGUCUCCGGUUCCUCAUCGACCAUCUCCAAGUAUUCCAUCGCAAAACAUAAGUAACCUAGAAAAGACCAUAGAAAAUCUGAAGUUACAAUUAAAUUGUAACAAUGCCCUAUUUCAAUCUCAAGACCACGAAUACGUGCAGCUGUCAUCAUCAUAUAAGCUUUCACCUAAACGGGCUGCUCCUAAACCUCUUAUGUAUUCAACUGGUACAAUGUAUGUUCACACUGACGUUGAAGGUGUUCCAUUUUUGUUAAAUCCUGGUCUUAAACAAUACAAUACACUUGUUCCAAUAAAAUAUGAUGUUACAGGAGUACAAUUACAGUACGAUUUUCAGUUAGAAAGACAAGUGUUAUGCACAACAAAACCGCAAAACGUUCAAGUAACAAAUCCAUUUUUUCAAUGAAGCUAUGAAAUAAAAUAGUUAGUUAUAUUAUAAUAGUUAUAUUAUUUUUUCAAAUGAAGGUUUUGCUAAGUUUUUGUUCCAUUGAACGAGAACAAAUUUUAAAAUUUUAUGAAAUAUGUUUCUACAUUCAAGCUGAUUUGUUUUUUUAGUAGUAUUUAAAUUAAUUGUGAGUACCUGCCAUAGAUCUAUUUAUAGCGGCUUCCAGAUGGACACCAUCUAUACGGAUAUUAAGGCGGCCUUUGACUGUUGUUCCCACAGUAUCCUUCUUGCUAAACUUAACAGGCUUGGUUUGCCACCUUCCCUGAUAAUCUGGUUUGAAUCUAAUCUCGCUGAUCGAUGCUACGCGCUCAGAUUUGGUCAACAUAUGUCCGGACAUAUCCGCGCUUCUUCCGGUGUACCACAGGGCAGUAAUCUGGGCUCUACAUUCAUGACGUGAUCUAGGUACUGGCUGAUUCCAACUGCCUUUUAUACGCAGAUGAUGCAAAAAUUUACCGUGAGAUAAAGAAUCCCGAAGACCAUGAGCGUCUUCAAGAAUCUUUAAUUGAGUUCGACACUUGGUGCAAGCGGAACACUUUAACAGCACAUUACACAUAUAUGUUAAACGGACAAAGUCCGUCUGUGUCCAAAAAGUAAGGUAACUUUGCGUUUAUUCUUAAAUGUUUUUUUUUAUUCGGCCAGAUAUAGGUCAUCACCUUCGAAGUAAUCCCCUUCUGAUGCAAUGCACCUCUUCUCCCACUCCUCGAAACAGGUGUAAUUUGCAGAUGCAGGAAUGUCAUUUAGUUCCGCCGUCAUUGCAGCUUCUAUCUCCUUGAUAGUGUCAAAACGGUGUCCCCGAAGCGGCCGUUUUUGCUUUUUGAACAGCCAGAAGUCGACUGGUGCCAAAUCCAGCGAAUACGGCGGUUGCGGAACAAUAUGGGUGUCAGUUUUUGCGAAAAACUCCCUUAAAAUGAUGGCCGUAUCGGAGGGCGCAUUAUCGUGGUGUAAAAACCAGCUGUUAUUUUUCCACAAAUCCGGCCGCUUUAGCCGGAUGGACUUCCGCAACCGCCGCAUUGCGCUUAGAUAGUACUCUUAGUUCACCGUUUGGCACUUCGGAAGAAAUUCCUUGUGAAUCACCCCACGGUAAUCAAAGAAUACCGUCAGUAUAACCUUGAUUUUCGACCGGCUUUGGCGACCGUCCGUCCGGGAGACCAUCCACCUCGACCAACGACAAAAACACUUGACGCAGCUUCGAAAAUAAAUUGUUACUCCUAGCCGGGAUGAUGUAGUGACUUGAAACUUGGCAGAUCUGUCAAAAACAUACAUAUUGACAAAAGAAAAAUAAAAACAAGGGGCUUCUUGGCGCGCGAAAUUUGACUUCCAAUGUCACUGUUACGGUCCCGCCGCACUCGUUUGUAGCUCGUGGGGAGCUUUCCCACUAAUUCGUCGACCAGUAGUGGAUUGCCUAGUGUUGUGUUCGGAUGACCAUGCACUUACUUUAGUAACGAACUGAACUACACACAACUAAAAAGUUACAAACAAAACAAGCAAACUUUAUUACUAACACAUUAAAAAUUCGUUGAACAGUAAAACCCCGGUGCAGCCGCGAAACAGUAACCGCACUCAUUGAUGACCCGAGAACCGAAUGGGCAGGUGAACGGCCGUCGUGCUUUAGCCGCGAUGGCGCUGCUCUUUCGCUCCGUCACACAGUCGCCAUCGACGGACCGCGCGGGUGACGUCCAGGGCUGUCGCACCUUGCUAGCAACCCAGAGUCACAAUGUUGCGCUACGCUGUCCGUCUCCACAACACCUAGAUGGUCUGUCAUUUCGCACGCUACUAGAUGCUCAUUAAGCUAUUUUAUUUUCAUCCCGGAUACUAUGAAAGUCUUGACCUGAUCUUCGGUAGGAGCCUUCGUUUCACGAACCUUCCGUAGCAUCUUUUUUAGAAACUUCUGUGGUCGUUCAAAAAGAUAUUUUAAGUCUUCAAUGACACUUGGAACUGUUUCUGAAGUUAAUAGUAACCCUCUAACCUGUUCCAAAGCUUCUCCAGGUGGCAGUCUUGAAGACGUUUAAGAUUUUCCAUGGUGGAAAAUCCGCAGGACUCGGUCGUAUAUUUAUAGCUACUGAUGAAUAGAGGCCAUUCUUCUAUAUUACCGUCAAACUUCACCAAGGUGGUAUUCACUGAUUUCCGUGCUAAGCGCUGCUCGGGUGUAAUACUCGAUACCGUUGCUACACAUGGCUAGGUUUCCACAACAGGGAGGCUGAUGUUUAGCUGGUGAUGUGAUCGUUCCAUCUCUUCCAACUCUUUCUGGUGCAUUAUUUUCAGCUCUAAAAGUUGCUUUCGAAGUCACAGCUCUCUGGUGUGACGAGCAAUUUCCUCUGCGAUUAGUUGUGACAUUUCUUAUUCCGCGUUCACUAGGAUCGUCCGAUCUAAACCGGCGUCUUCCAUCUCACUGCUUUCAUUUGAGGGGGUCGUCGGUACCUUGCUGGUCCCAGCUUCCACGACUUCCGCUCCUUUUUCACUUCGUGUUUUCGGCAUGCUAAAAUAUUAAUAGGCUAUAAUAAUCAAACAAUAUAAUAAGUCUACAAACCAAGCUUGUUUGACUUAUCGCUGCCGUUCCACCAGAAGCUCAUGUGCCACACGCACGAUGUUCGACCACGAUGCGAUCUCUUUACAAUAUUUUUAUUGCCGAAAGCUUAACUAACGGUGGUGUACAGUAUAAAAACUUCUGCCUAGUCGUACGGUUAGAAUAGAAAAGAGCCGCCGCACUCUGUUUCUUUCCGUACACCCGCCUUAUCCUUUCCGUUCGCCUUAUCCGUGUGUUAUUAAUUAUCCGUGUGUUAUCAAGUAUCCGUGUGGCAUAUUUUACACCGGGCAGUCAUCAAUACGCGUUAUUAUUACUUUACAUCGGACAGUUGCCAGACUCGUCGCAACAUUCUCCCCUCCAGUGUAUUGUCGAAUUCACUUUCCCUGUGGCUGCUCCGGUGUCGUUGCUGUCCCCAUCCUAAUCUCUUAGUUCCACGUCUGUCUUGUCUGUCCUUUCUCUUGGUUCGAUAUCCAAGAUGGCAAUUUUAACGGCGUUCUAAUAAUCCGUUCGCGGUUUGCACUACAGCUUGCCUGACUUGUCCGUUUUUUGCUUUGGUGGUUUGAAUCACGCGUCCCAUUGGCCAGCUAUUUCGGGGGAGCGUAUUAUCUGCGACCAGGACGUGGGGCGUAUUAUCGUGCGUGAGGACUUUCUUUACCGAUUGUAUCAAUCGUUCCCAGCAACCUCCAAAAUGUGGCACUGCGGGAGGAUUGAACACCCACUUGGUUUGUGUACUGUUGAACUCCGUCAUAAGCUCAUUUUCGUUUAGGCUAAUCUAGCACGAGGAAGAUUACCCAUCGGCGGUGGUUCUGGUUGCGCUUCCCGAAUCUUGCAGUGUUGACAUUCAUGGCGAAUACAGCUGUGUUCAGCCAACAGAUGAGAGAUAUAAAAACGUGAUCUCAGCUCAUUUAUUGCCGUGCUAUGGUUAUGAUGACUGUACCUUCGAUGGAAACUAUCCAACAGUAGUUUUACUGCAUAAUGUCGUCUCGGUAUCGGUCUCGGUCUCGGUUUUUUGGUAUCUUCACCACCUCAUGUACACUGAUCGAUUCUUCGCUGCAUGCUUACUAUCCCGUGCUCGUCCAAUUUCGGGUUAAGCUUGUACAAUGGACUUGUUUUCGCUAAAAUGGACUCAUGAUGCUUAUUUACUUCCGAUUUUUCGAGAAGACGUAAGUCCUCAUGGAAUGCUUGUAGCUGAAUUUCACGUAUCACGGAAUUCUCAGCUGCAAUAAGCUCGGUUUGGGUGAGUGGACCAGUAUCCUUUGAUAUUCGGCGUGCCUUUCUUUUAAGAUUUUCCCAAAAUCUCCGAACAAAUUCCAUGGCUCUAAGAAGCCGUUCCCAACGCGAAAAACGGUGAAAAUUCAUGAGGGUUACACACUGAGAGUGAAAUUGCAAUUGAUGGCGUAUUUCUUACAACGUUUCACCUACUGGUUUAUUUUCAAAGGGCCAUAAUUCUUUCGGAUUCCAAAGGAAUUCUGGACCCCUAAACCAACGGCUAGUAGGACUGAGGUCUGGUGAACGCUGCCUCUUCAUCCCGUCAUUAGCAACAUUUAUUUUUGUUGCAAUCCAAUUCCAAUCUCUUAAAUCUAUUGUUUCCAGGAUCUCACUGACUCUAAAUGCUACAAAUUGACUGUAGCGUCGAUGGUCGGACUUUAUCCAACUCAUAACAUUGCGUGAGUCCGUCCAGAUAAACUGUUAUUUUAUGUUAAUACGAUGAGAGCCUCGUAUAACAUUGGCUAAACGGGCAGCGAUCACUGCUGCUUGUAGCUCUAAUCGAGGAAUUUAGAGAUAUUUUAGUGGUGCAACACGAGUUUUGGAUCCGACUAUGGAACAUUCAAGAAUCCCUGUUUGAAUUUCUAUUUAUGUAUUAUAUUUGAAUUAUAUUUUAUUAUGGCAUGAAUUAUGGGAUUAUGGUAACGGGAUUAAGAACAGACAACACUUGAAGGCUAGAACAUAAACAAGGAAAUAGAUGAGGAUUAGAUGAACUACGUAAUAAAUUUUAGUAUGUAGAAAUGAACUCAAACGGACAAGUGAAUACACAUUAGCAAAGUGAAAGUUCAACCGCCUACACGUUAUUUUUCUUAUUCCCAAAAUAUCACAAGUUUUCCUCCAAUUUCACACCCGGUGUAAUUUUCAACAUU